ACGAGAUCAUGGACACGGACAACGCACGCUACAACGCGCUGCGCACCACGCUGCGCGAGCGGCAGCAGGCGCUGGAAGAGGCGCUGCAGGAGUGCUCCCAGUUCGCCGACAAGCUGGACGGCAUGCUGUCGGCGCUCAAGGACACGGCCGACCAGGUGGACAACGCCGAACCCAUCUCGGUCCACCCAGAUCGCAUCCACGACCAGAUGGCCGAGAACAACGCCAUCAUCGACGACCUGGAGAAGCGCGAGGUGGCCUUCGAGGCCGUCAAGCGCGCCGCUGAUGACGUUAUCAGCAAGGCUGGCGACGGCGAUCCGGCCGUGAAGGACAUCAAGAAGAAGCUGGACAACCUCACGAAGCUGUGGGACCACCUGCAGAAGGCGACGGACGACCGCGGCCGCUCGCUGGAGGACGCGCUCGCCAUUUCGGAGCGUUUCUGGUCGGAGUUGCAGGGCGUCAUGAAGGCGCUGAAGGAGCUGCAGGAGGCACUCGGCAACCAGGAGCCGCCGGCCAUCGAGCCCAGCGCCAUCAAGGAGCAGCAGAAGGAGCUGCAGGAGAUCCGCCAGGGCAUCGAGCAGACCAAGCCCGAGGUGGACAAGGUGCGUCGCACCGGCCAGGACCUGAUGAAGGUCUGCGGCCACCCGGAGAAGCCCGAGGUCAAGAAGAACUUGGCCGACCUCGACUCGGCCUGGGACAACAUCACGGCGCUGUACGCGCGCCGCGAGGAGAAUCUCAUCGACGCCAUGGAGAAGGCGAUGGAGUUCCACGACACGCUGCAGUACCUGGUGGAGUUCUUGGAGGACGCCGAGGACCGGCUAGGAAACCUCGGUGCCGUCGGAUCAGACAUCGAGGCCGUCAAGAAGCAGAUCAAGCAACUGAUGGACUUCAAGGGCAAGGUUGACCCUCAGAUGGUCAAGGUGGAAGCUCUGAACAGACAGGCGCAGGAGCUGAUGGAGCGCACGUCGCCGGAUCAGGCGGCCGCGCUCAAGCAGCCGCUCUCCGACAUCAACACGCGCUGGGACGAUCUGCUCAAGGGCAUCGUGGAGCGGCAACGCGAGCUGGACCACGCCCUGCUGCGGCUCGGCCAGUUCCAGCACGCGCUGGACGAGCUGCUCGUUUGGAUCGGGCGCACCGACAAGACGCUGGACGGUCUGCGGCCGGUGCUCGGCGACCCGCAGGUGAUCGAGGUGGAGCUGGCCAAGCUGAAGGUGACGGUGAACGACAUCCAGGCGCACCAGACGUCCGUGGACACGCUGAACGAUGCCGGACGCCAGCUGAUCGAAGACGACCGCGACUCGGCUGACGCCAGCGCCACACACCGCAAGCUGAACCAGCUCAACGACCGCUGGGCCGAGCUGCAGGAGAAGACGGCCGGCAAGCAGCGCGAGCUGGAGAACGCGCUGCGUGACGCCCAGGACUUCAUGAACGAGAUCCAGGAUCUGCUGUUCUGGCUAAACGACCUGGACGGCGCGCUCACCACCAGCAAGCCCGUGGGAGGCUUGCCCGAGACGGCCAAGGAGCAGCUGGACCGCUUCAUGGAGCUGUUUGGCGAACUGGAGCAGAAUCGCUCCAAGGUGGACGCUGUGCUCACGCGUGGCGACACCUACAUGAAGAAGUCGAAGGAGGGCGCAAGCACCAACCUCAAGCACAACCUGAAGACACUGAAACAGCGCUGGGAGCACGUCACCAACCGCGCCAACGACAAGAAGAUCAAGCUGGAGAUCGCGCUGAAGGAAGCGACCGAGUUCCAGGAGGCGUUGCAGGAGUUCGUCGACUGGCUAACGGGGUCCGAGAAUGUGCUGUCCAACCUGCAGCCCGUCUCGCGCGUCAUGGACAACAUCAUCAAACAGAUCGACGAGCACAAAGAGUUCCAGAAGGAGGUAAGCUCUCAUCGUGAGUACAUGCUCAACCUGGACAAGAAGGGCACACAGCUCAAGUACUUCUCCCAGAAGCAGGACGUGAUCCUGAUCAAGAACAUGCUAGUGUCGGUGCAGCACCGCUGGGAGCGUGUCGUCUCCAAGGCGGCCGACCGCACGCGCGCACUCGACGUCGGCUACAAGGAGGCCAAGGAGUUCCACGACGCUUGGGCCGACCUCUGCGGCUGGAUGGACGAGGCGCUGCAGGCCCUGGAGAGUGCCGACGCCUCGCUCGGCAACAACCCCAACAAGAUCCGUGCGCUGCUCGAUAAGCACCGCGAGUUCCAGCGGGCGCUCGGUGGCAAGCAGUCCAGCUACGACCACGUUAUCAAGCUGGGUCGCGCGCUCAUCAAGGACAAGGCGCCCAAGAUCGAGGAGCCCAUCAUCCGCGACAUGCUCAACGAGCUCAAGGACAAGUGGAACGCCUGCUGCAACCAGUCGGUGGCGCGCCAGCGCAAGCUGGAGGAGGCGCUGCUCUUCAGCGGCCAGUUCAAGGAAGCACUGGAGGCGCUGUUGGAGUGGUUGCGGAAGCGGGACGCCGCCCUGGACGACAACGCGCCGGUGCACGGUGACCUUGACACUGUGACUGCGCUCUGUGAGCAGCACAAGACCUUCGAGCAGGAGCUGGAGGGCCGUGGCACCCAGGUGCAGUCCGUCCAGAAGACGGCCGAUGAGCUGAUGAGCAAGGCUGACAAGAAGGACGCGGCCAUCAUCAAGACGCAGGUGACAGAGCUUACGACGGCCUGGACCAAGGUGGUGAAGUCGACGGAGCUGCGCAGCAGCCGCCUGAAGGUGGCGCUCCAGGACGCCGAGGAGCUGCAUAAGGCCGUGCACAUGCUGCUGGAGUGGCUGAGCGACGCCGAGAUGCGGCUGCGCUUCGUGGGCGCGCUGCCGGUCGGCGAGGAGGAGGCGCAACAGCAGGUGGAGGAGCACGCCGCCUUCCGCAAGGAGCUGGCCGGCAAGGAGGGCGAGAAGAACGACACGCUGCGUCUGGCGGCCGAGAUCCUCGAGAAGGCGCACCCGGACGCCGUGCCGGUCAUCAAGCACUGGCAGACCAUCAUCGAGUCGCGCUGGGACGAGGUCAGCAGCUGGGCGCUGCAGCGCCAGAACCGGCUGGACGAGCACCUGGCCGGCCUGAAGGAUAUGCAGGAGCUGCUGGACGAGCUGCUGCGCUGGCUGCAGCAGCGCGAGCGCCGGCUGGUGGAGCUGGAGCCCAUACCUCUGCCCGACGAUCUGCCCAGCGUGGAGGGGCUCAUCCAGGAGCACCAGGAGUUCAUGGAGGACCUGCAGUCGCGCCAGCCGGACGUCGACGGCAUCUGCAAGCCCAAGCCGAAGGGCCUGCGCAAGGGAUCCCGGGCGAAGAGUCCUUCCCCGGCCCGCUUCGCCGAGAGCCCUCGGAGACAAAGCCAAAUCACCCCCGACCGCGAGGGAACGCCAGCCAGGAGGAGCCGGCACAGCAUCAGCGAGCCGUCGCUUAAGAGUCCGCACCAGCGCCAGCUGUGGGACACGUGGCGCAACACGUGGAUGCUGGCCUGGGAGCGCCAGCGCCGCCUCCAGGACAAGUUCAGCUACGCCCAGGAGAUGGAGAAGCUGCAGAACUUCGACUUUGACGAGUGGCGCCAGAGGUUCAUGAAGUAUGCCAAUCAGAAGAAGAUGCGCAUCACCGACCUAUUCCGACGAAUGGACGUUGACAACGACGGUUUCGUCACCAAGGACGAGUUCAACGAGGGCAUCAUGAGAACACACUUCCCGACCUCGGCGCUCGAAAUGCAGCUGGUCGCUGACCGUGUCGACAAGAACCAGGACGGCCUCAUCGACUACAACGAGUUCAUGGCAGCACUUCGACCUGAUUGGGAGAAGAACCGGCCGCUCACCGAGGCCGAGAAGAUCGACGACGAGGUCAAGAAGGCCUGCAGCGCCUGCAACUGCCGCUCCAAGUUCAAGGUCUUCCAGGUCGGCGAGGGCAGAUACCGGUUCGGCGACAGCCAGAAGCUGCGCCUGGUGCGCAUCCUGCGCUCGACAGUGAUGGUGCGUGUCGGCGGCGGCUGGGAGGCGCUCGACGAGUUCCUCGUCAAGAACGACCCGUGCCGAGCUAAGGGACGCACCAACGUGGAGCUUCGCGAGCAGUUCAUCCUCGCGCCGGGGGUGUCGCAGAGCAUGGCGCCAUUCAAGGCCAAGGCCGGCAGCCCGUCGUCGCCGCGGUCGACAUCUGUGCCUACGGCCGGGCCCAUCACCAAGGUGCGUGAGAAGACUGGCCGCAGCAUCCCGUUGUCGCGCGCCUCGCUGUCGGGCCCGCCGGGCGCGGCGGGCGCCGAGCUGAGUCCUCACGACGGCUUCAGGCUGCGCAAGGCUAGCACGCCGCUGCGCAGCUCGCAGGGCGGCAGCAAGCCGCCGAGCCGCGCCAGCUCCGAGGCCAGCCUCGAUUCGGUCGACGCCCGGCCGACCCCCUACCGCGCCGGCACGCCCGGCCAGGCGGCGCAUCGCGGCGCGCGCAAGGGCUCUGCGACGCCAAUGAGUAAAACCUCGUCGUCCGGCCAGAACGGCGCCUCGAACGGUGCGGACGGCACUCCGCAGCAGAGGCGAAUUCCAAAGCGCCCGUCCUCGGUAGCGUCCAUGGCGCCAGGAGUUCCCAGUCCAAGGAGCACCACGCCCCAGGGCCGGCGGCCCGUCUACAGAGCCUCCUCCACGCAGAGCAUCCCCGCCUCGCUGGGAGCCGCCGCCACUAACACCCCGGUCGUCAGUGGGCGGCUCAGCCGGUCUCGUGCCUCGUCUCAGACCAACCUGACGACGGCUGGCAAGACACCUAACGGCCGCAGGCCUGGCGGAGGUGGUUCGCAAAUUCCUGUGUCGUCCAUGAAGAGGGAGCGCUCCAGCUCGAAGAUCCAGCGCCGGUCAUCCACUGCCAGCGACACGCCCCGGGGGCAAGCCAAGAAGCCCCUCUGGCACUGACCCGGCGCGGCCAGCCCCUCCCUGACCCCCAGACUGAAGGGACCACGCCUGCAGCGGCCAGCUGGCUUAUCACCCCACUUAUCCGAACACGGGCCAGAGCGGAGCAGCUAGUGCAUAAUGAUCACUAACACACACACUGCGAGGUACUCGUCCUCGGCUCUAACAGUCUUUCUAUCGUUAAUGAUGUUGGCAGCCUGCGUCGCGACGCGUCGUGUAUUGUCAUGUUAUUUUUGUCGGGCGCGGGCCCCGCCGGCGUCGGUGCGCGCGUGACUGCGGCGCCACGCCGCUAUCGUGCGCCAGAACUACUCGAGAGAGACUAAUCGUAGACGCUGGCGUGCACGCACGUGUACGGGUUUUCUAAUGUUUUGUAUGCGCUUGAGAAGCGUGUGUGACGUGCUCAGAGGCAUCUAUUGCUUGUUAAAAGACUUGGCAUGUGAGAGAAGUCGGUUGAGGCGCGUUAUUGAGCGAAGCGUGGGUGCGACGUCAGCUGACGCCCCGCCGCCUGACGUCACCGGCUUUCGAGUGGUGCGGCGGAGUGUGUGCUGGUUCGCAGUGCUGUGUCUGGACUGUCCUGCGAGCCGGCUGAUCGGCACUGGAUUCGGAGCGGUCCUGCGCGGCCUCCGAUUGGUCGGUGGUUAACGUCCUAAUCAAAUGAUGUAACAUGUCGAUGUCCAGCAAACCGCUUGAAUAAACCGUUUGACCACUU